AUGGCAUGUACAUUGUGCUUUCUUGGUGAUACCUUAACGAGCACCACGUCAUUGUCCCAGCAUGUGGCUAAAGGCAUAGCAAGAGGGAAUCUUGAUCCUUUCACAACGAUGCCAAUCCAGAGAGAACCCGAAGCUACUGAGAAGGUGGUUCAACGAACAUACCAGCUCAAGAAUUUCAAGCCUGACGGUGAAAAGAAAAGGCUCGAUUUGCCUGCUCAGAAGAAUCUCCUUACCAAUUAUUUUUGUUUUGCUUCUCUUGAGGCAAAGAGGAAUUUCAGGGCCCCUCGGAUUACAUCUAAUCAUCUAAAUAAAAGCAACAAAAUUUCCAGUCAUUCCAUAAAUACACACGAGGUAAAAUGUGACGAUUUGAAGUUUGCUGAUUCACAGGAUCUUGGGCCACAUGAUGAUAGAAGAAUUGGAGUUAAACCGUUAUCCAUAACUGGGAAUUCAGUUUGUAAGCCAUGUAUCUCAUUGCACAAGGAUCUUGAAUUGGAUGAAGAAAAUGCCUCGGGAGAUAAAAAUAUCAGAAUCAGUAGUUCGUAUUAUCCGAAGAAUGAUGAUGAUGAAUAUGAAAAAUGCCGUAAAGAGGAGAAAAAGGUUAUAGUAAAGAGUCGUUAUUUUUUGCACGUUAACACAGAAAACGCUGAUCGUGAGGAAGAAAAGAGUAAAGGAGAAAAUUCUGCCGAGAUACAGAUAAAUCGAUCGGAUUUAGAUUCCAAUGAUUGCAAAAGCUCAGCUGAUGACAUAAAACAGAGAAUGAAGAGUUCUUACUUUGGACAAAUUUCUAUAGAAUCUGAAAAUUUUGUAGAUAGAGGUGAAGAACUGGUCGAGCCUUGCAAUUAUGGUGUUGUUUGUAAGAGCUUGUCAAGUGAUGAUAAUCUGUUAGAGGGCAAUACUGUGAAGAAAAGAAAGCUUGCUCAAACUGACAGCCCAAUUGACGACACGAAGGAAAACAAGUGGUCUAAAGACAUUUCGGGCUCAUGCACUUUGGAUAUAGAAGAAGAUACAAAUGAUGACGAAGAAGAAAAAAUGGCAUGCGACAUUAGUCAUUUAGGUCGUUAUUCUGAUAUAGCUGGGAAGUCAAUGAAAAAAUUUGUGUCAGUUAUAUCAUCGUUUAAAUACAGCUUUUCUGGCUCGCGUGCAAGUGGCCUUCGUGCGCCUCUAAGAGACAUAAAGAACAACGAUUGCAUCAAAAGGUCGAGUCUUGAUGUGGAUUUGAAGAAAUUCACUUACGCGCCUGCCAAACGAACAGCAGCCUCAAGAUGCCUUAAAAGUAAAAUUUGA